AUGGGAGAGGACAGACGGGGAGUCAUGCUGGCCGUGCCGGUCACUUGGGUUGCGGUUCUUCUCUGUGUGGUUACUUGGGUGUGCGCAGUGGAAGAGACAGUGAUGGAUACAAGGACAGCGACAGCUGAGCUUGGCUGGAUAUCGUUCCCUGCCAAUGGAUGGGAGGAGGUGAGCGGCUAUGAUGAGAACCUCAACACCAUCAGGACGUACCAGGUGUGCAAUGUGUUUGAGCCCAGCCAGAACAACUGGCUCCUCACCACUUACAUUGACAGGCGGGCGGCACAACGGAUCUACGUGGAGAUCCGCUUCACCGUACGUGACUGUGCGUCCAUCCCCAGCGUCCUGGGCUCCUGCAAAGAGACGUUCAACCUGUACUACCUGGAAACUGACAGGACCGUGUCAGAGGGCAUCAAAGGGGUGGAGUACUGGGCCAAUGCCCCUUUUCUUAAGGUGGACACCAUCGCUGCAGAUGAGAGUUUCUCCCAGGUUGAUUUUGGGGGAAGGCUAAUGAAGGUUAACACAGAAGUUCGGAGUUUCGGCCCGCUGUCCAAAGGCAGAGGGUUCCAUUUAGCCUUUCAGGAUCUGGGAGCUUGCAUGUCCCUUCUGGCUGUCAGAGUAUUCUACAAGAAAUGUCCCAGCAUUGUGCAGAACUUUGCAUUUUUCCCAGAGACACUGACUGGAGCAGAGUCCACCUCAUUAGUUAUUGCUAGGGGAAGCUGUAUCCCCAACGCUGAGGAAGUAGACGUGCCCAUAAAGCUCUACUGUAACGGAGAUGGAGAGUGGAUGGUACCCAUCGGCAGCUGCAGCUGCAAGGCGGGUUAUGAACCAGACAAUGGCAAUGUGUGUCGAGCUUGCCCUCAGGGCACCUUUAAGUCAUCCCAGGGGGCAGGAUUAUGUCAGCAAUGUCCGCUCAACAGUCGCUCCACCAUCGAAGCCGCCACCCUCUGCGGUUGUCGGAACGGCUAUUACCGUGGAGACAUGGACAGACCGGAGGACGUGUGCACCAGUGUCCCUUCGGCUCCUCGCAACGUGGUGUCAGUCGUCAACCAGACAUCGGUGCUGCUGGAGUGGCACCCACCACGUGACACCGGGCACCGCGAUGACCUGUCAUAUAAUGUCUUAUGCCGCCGGUGCCACAGCAGUGAGCGCCGGGCGUGUCAGCCAUGUGACGACAGCGUGGCGUUUGUUCCAGGCAAGCGAGGGUUAAUGGAAACGAUUGUGGAGAUCAGCAAGCUGCGGGCCCACACGUCGUACACCUUCGACAUACAGGCAGUCAACGGAGUCUCCAACAAGAGCCCUUAUCCCGCCCAGCAACUGUCAAUCAACAUUACGACCAAUCAGGCUGCUCCCUCAGUAGUUCCCAUAAUGCAUCAAGUGAGCUCAACGAGCCGCAGUUUCUCGUUGUCAUGGCCACCGCCUGAACAGCCCAACGGAAUUAUCCUCGACUACGAGAUACGAUACUAUGACAAGUCCCAGUCGUCAGUGCUGAACAGUUCAGUGGUCCAGAGCGAAACACCCAAUGUUGUUCUGGAGGGUCUGAGGCCGGGGACCGGCUACGUGGUCCAGGUGAGGGCCCGCACUGUGGCCGGCUAUGGCGCCUACAGCAAGGACAUGCUCUUCCAAACACUCACCGACGAUGAGUACAAGUCAGAGCUGGGACAGCAGCUCUCCCUGAUUGCAGGCUCUUUAGUAGGUGGAGUGUGUAUCGUGUCAUUGGUAGCCAUCGCCAUCAUCUGUACCAGAAGAAGGCAGCUGAAGGAGAGUGUGUACGGUGACAAGCUGCAGCAGUACAACACAGGAGGAGAGGUGACUCUGAGGCCUGACAUGUUCAGCGGUCCCACCCCCACUGUGACCUUUCCCACCCUGUCCGAAGGUCACAGUUCACCAGGGGUCAAGAUCUACAUCGACCCCUUCACCUAUGAGGACCCCAACGAGGCUGUCCGCGAGUUUGCCAAGGAAAUCGACCCCUCCUGUGUCAAAAUAGAGGAAGUCAUUGGAUCAGGUGAGUUUGGGGAGGUGUACAAGGGUCGCCUGAAGCCUGUCGGUAAAAAAGAAAUCCCCGUGGCCAUCAAGACCCUGAAGGUUGGCUACUCUGAGAGGCAGAGGAGGGACUUCCUGUCUGAGGCGUCAAUCAUGGGCCAGUUUGACCAACCAAACAUCAUCAGACUGGAGGGCGUGGUCACCAAGAGCAGGCCAACGAUGAUCAUCACAGAGUUCAUGGAGAACGGAGCGCUUGACUCAUUUCUCAGGCAAAAUGAUGGGCAGUUCCCAGUGAUCCAGCUGGUUGGUAUGCUGAGGGGCAUCGCGUCUGGAAUGAGGUACCUGGCAGAAAUGAGUUAUGUUCACCGGGACCUGGCUGCUCGGAACAUCUUGGUGAACAGUAAUUUGGUGUGUAAGGUGUCUGACUUUGGCUUAUCACGAUAUCUGGAGGAGGACACCUCUGACCCCACCUACACCAGCUCACUGGGUGGUAAAAUCCCAGUGCGGUGGACAGCUCCGGAGGCGAUCGCCUACAGGAAGUUUACGUCGGCUUCAGAUGUCUGGAGUUAUGGGAUUGUCACCUGGGAGGUGAUGUCAUAUGGAGAGAGGCCUUACUGGGACAUGAGCAACCAAGAUGUGAUAAAUGCCAUCGAGCAGGACUUCAGGCUGCCAGCUCCCAUGGACUGUCCAGUAGUGCUGCACCAGCUGAUGCUGGACUGCUGGCAGAAAGACAGGAACGCCCGGCCAAAGUUCCCCGACAUUGUCAGCAUGCUGGACAAAAUGAUACGCAACCCCGCAUCUCUGAAAGCCGGCACCAACAACGUCGCCCCUGGUCCUUCCCAUCAUCCCCUGUUAGACCGUGGAGCUCCAGACCUCAGCAGGGUGAGCUCCGUGGAAGACUGGCUGGCUGCACUGAAGAUGACCCAGUAUCGAGACUCUUUCCUGGGCUCGGGAUUCACUUCUUUGCCGCUCGUCACACAAAUCACAGCUGAAGACCUUCAGAGGAUUGGAGUCUCUCUAGCCGGCCACCAGAAGAAAAUCCUGACCAGUGUUCAGUCAAUGAGGCACAACGUCGAUGACCAGUCUCCUACUGAAUCUGUGUAA